CUUCUGUCUGUUACGGACCGACAUAACGGAGCGGAGGCCCACCGGAGAGCCCUUUCUCAUGACUGCUUCCUUUCUCUCUCUUCUCCCCUUACCUUCUCUGUCGCUCUCUCCAGUGUCUAGUCGAAAAUUCCGGCCAAAAUCUCAGGUUAAUUAAAGCAAACACGCGAGGGGUAAGAGGGAGAGGGCGAGAUGGGGGUGGAUUACUACAAGGUUUUACAGGUAGACCGAAGCGCGAAAGAAGAUGAUUUGAAGAAAGCGUAUCGGAAGCUCGCCAUGAAAUGGCAUCCAGACAAGAACCCCAGGAGCAAGAAAGAAGCCGAGGCCAAAUUCAAGCAAAUUUCUGAAGCUUACGACGUUCUGAGUGAUCCACAAAAGCGAGCAGUCUACGACCAGUAUGGCGAAGAAGGGCUCAAGGGUCAGGUUCCACCUCCCGGUGCAGGUGGGUUCUCCGGCAUGCCUGAUGUUGGUGGUGGUGGGCCAACCAUGUUCCGCUUCAACCCAAGGAACGCCGACGACAUCUUCUCUGAGUUUUUCGGGUUGUCGACUCCCUUCGGAGGUAUGGGCGACAUGGGUGGCCGUGGUGGUGGCCCUAGCCCUGCUUUCUCGAGGAGCAUAUUUGGGGAAGAUAUAUUCUCUCAGUUAAGGGGCGGAGGUGGUGAGGCCUCGAGUAAUGCUCUCCGUAAGGCUCCCCCGAUCGAAAGGACCCUCCCUUGUAAUUUGGAGGAUUUGUACAAGGGAACCACCAAGAAGAUGAAGAUUUCUAGGGAUGUCACUGAUCCUAGUGGGAGACCCUCAACCGUAGAGGAAAUUCUGACAAUUGACAUAAAGCCCGGGUGGAAGAAAGGAACAAAGAUCACUUUUCCAGAGAAGGGCAAUGAGCAGCGAGGUCUGAUACCUUCAGAUUUGGUCUUCAUCAUUGAUGAGAAGCCUCACAGUGUCUUCAAGAGGGAUGCCAAUGACUUGAUAGUCAUGCAGAAGAUCCCUCUUGUGGAAGCUCUGACAGGAUACACAGUACAGUUGCCAACUCUGGAUGGACGGAAUUUGACCAUCCCCAUCAAUUCUGUUAUAAGUCCUAGCUAUGAAGAAGUUGUCAAGGGGGAGGGGAUGCCAAUUCCCAAGGAACCUUCGAAGAGGGGAAACUUAAGAAUCAAAUUUAACAUCAAGUUUCCGAGCAGGCUUACACAAGAUCAGAAGACGGGUAUCAAGCGGUUGUUGACAUCAUAAUGAUUCUCUUUACCAACUUCAUUUAAGUUCUGAAGCGGUUGUUGGCAUCAUAAUGAUUGAUGGUAGUGUCUUUCUACCAACUUCAUAUAAGUUCUUGUGCAUUUCUCUUCUCAUUGCUGGCUUCUUCAGGAAUGGAAAUUUAGGCAUUUUGCUUUUGAUCUUGGAUUUGAUGGAAGCAGCUGAUUGAGGAGUUAAAAUUAGUAUAUGACCAUUUUUUCUUCUGUUGAACUCUUCCUUCAGUUUCCAGGUCUUCCUGCAAUGCCAACUAUAGCUUAUUCAAUUGUAAGAAACUGAAAAAAGGAGCUUUAGAUUUUCCAAAGAUUAGUUGAGGCUUAAGAGUGGGAUGCAUGGCAAAGGAUUUUGAGUUGCACAAUCAGCUCGGUGGUGCUGGAGCAUGUUCAUUCUAUUAUCUGAGAUUGUAGGAAAUUUCAGAUUGUUGAACAUUAUUAUUAUUAUUAUUAUAGCGACGAGCCCUGUGCUGAUUGAUUCAAUGCUCUUAAUGGUUUUGAAUUUAAAAUGUGUUAGAACUGAAGACUGUUGUUGAUUGACUUGAGGAUUUAUUUAUUUAUUUUUUCAUCA